UUAAUUAUUAGUAAAAAGGCCAAAAGGCAGGGGCCAAGGCCAACGUCCUCCGUCAAAGCGCCGCUUGAAAGUCGAAACUUUACCGAGAAAAUCAAGGAAAGAAAGCGAGAGAGAAAGAGAAGGAAAAUGGCUGGGAGCUCUAAUACUUGGGCCUAUGCCCGGAUCAUCACCGGAACCAUUCUCGGUGGCGUUCUCGGCUUCUACGUCAUGGACCGCGUCGAGAAAAGCUACAAGGAGAAAGUGAAGGAGAGACUGAGACAGUACGAAAGUGAAUUGAAGAAGAAAGAGAAAUUGAAUGAGUUUGAAGAGUCUAUGUAGACCGUACCGUACCAGUGUUCUUUUCUCUUUUUUCUUCUGCUUGUGGUUGUUGAACAAAAAAAAAUUGAAAUUUUGAAUCAUAUGUUUUUGUAUUUGGAGGAGCUCUCUAAAACUUAGCCAGUACUGGAGAUUGAUUCGAAUGAGAGUGUCUAUAUUCGAGGAAAAAGAGCCCAACUUUCACGACUCAUCAAGAAUAUUUGCAUGUGAAAUUUUGUGUUUGUAUUGCAAUAUCUUAUGCAUCAGAA